AUGUCUAGGCUACUCCUGCAGUGCUUGCUUCUGUGGCCGUCACUUGUUGCAUCGCUGCAGAUUGCCAUCUCCAGUUUGGAGCAGAAGGCAGCCGCCUCUGUGAAUGUCGCGACGACGCCGUGUCACCACAGGCAGAUCCCAGGCAGUAGCGUGAUGACUUCCGUGGACUUCGAUCCAAUUCUAACGGAGGAAUUGAAUUUGCGGAAUUUGAAGAAUGUCGCUCGUCUCCCGGGCAAUGCCGAGUUGCUCGUGAAGGCUAUGCAGCAGGACACACUGGUGAAGCAGCUUGCGAUCAACAACCCCGUCCUGGCGCAUGUGAUCAGCAGCCCUGAUGCAUUGAAGAAGAUGGUCAGCCAGGAAGUUUUGGGCAAAGUGCGCUGCGGCCAGGUAUCCGAUGAAGCUUCAGUGCAAGCCGUCCUGGACCUGGCACUCACAAAGCCAAGCAUCACUGCACUUGAGCCAGAACCCCCGACCCUUGCCAGUUUGGUGGAGAGAUCGAGGCAGACGCAGACAGGGAACUCCAUCGGCCCCACGUCAGAAAACUCCGAUAUGCUUCUGGACGCGGAACUUCAGCGUCUGAACGAGUUGAACUAUAUCUACGCUGACUUGUUGCGUUCCUUCUGGCAGAUUGUCCUGACACUCGAGGCUGCCAAGCUGGUCAUUAUUGCCAUCUAG